AUGCUGAACAGUAACAUUUGGUUUGAUGGCCCAUAUUUUCUUAGAGGACCAGAGGAGCUGUGGAAAAAUGACAUGCCUCAAGAUGAUGUUGAAUUGAAGGAUCUACAAGUUUUGCAAUACAUCCAGAAGAUGAGGAGGGAAAUUGCUGUUGAUAAGUUUCUUAAGUAUUAUUCUUCAUGGCAUCGGUUGAGGAAGGCUGUUGCAGUGUAUCACCGUCUUUUUUUCAUACUGAAAUCUAAGAGACAAACUAGACUUAAUGGUUCAAUUACAGCAGAUGAAUUAGAUGCUGCUGGAAAAGCAGUCAUCAGAUAUAUCCAGAGAAAACUUUUAGUAAGGAAGUGGCACUCUUACAAAAGAGCGAAGGGUCAAGGGGGCCGAGGACUUUGUAGUAGCAGUAGCAUUUAUAAACUAGAUCCCUUCAUUGAUCCGCAAGACAUGGCUUCUUCGCGCUAA